AUGCAAUUGCAGGAUUUGGUACUAGCGGCAGCUGGUUUAUUCCAGUUGUCAGCAGCCGCAAAUAACGUACAGGCGUUUCAAAAAGUCGAAUUUAGCAAUGUGGGCUUCACGGGCUCGUACACGCCUGUGUCGUCUAUCAAAAAUCCCAACUCCGACGAGUGCUCGUGUUCUGUAGGGUCCAAAGAGUGGUUUUCUGGGACAAACGCACCCAUUUCUGAGGCUGUGUCGGUGCAUUUUCGUGGACCUUUGAUUCUCAAUCAGUUUGCUUUUUACAACUCUUCGUCGUUCACAGUCGGCGACAACGACACAUCCUCGAGCUGGAAUCGAGUGGCAUAUUUCAAUGCUAGCAGCCAAACUGGUGAAAAUGUUACGUUUUUAACCAAGGCCGGUACGGAAUCACCAGUGCUUGGAAAAGCGCUCACUUUUGCCGCUUCAGACGGUGUGUCGUCAUCCGAGAGCGCUGCUAUGCUAGCAGAGGACACUUUGAUUAAAUCCGACGACGAGUACGUCAUUUUCUCGAACGUGAGCUGUCCAAAAUCGAGCACAAAGAAAUCAUGCGGUGUAUACCGUAGCGGCAUCCCUGCGUUCCACGGGUUCGAGGGUGUCACCAAGAUGUUCUUAUUUGACUUCGAAAUGCCUACGGAAACUCAGACAAACUCCUCGUCCUUCAACUACUACGAUUUGCCUGCAAUCUGGUUGUUGAACGACCAGAUCCCCAGAACUUCGCAGUACCCUACAAAUGCCAAUUGUUCCUGUUGGGCCAGUGGAUGCGGUGAAUUUGACAUCUUCGAGGUCAUGAAUGGUACCGAGAAAAAUCAUCUGUACUCAACGUUCCACACCUUCCAAGGCAUCGAGGAUCUAGGCACCGGUAUCCAAGCUAACGGCUACAUUGCCAGAGAUACUUCGAACAGUAUGAAGGGUGGUGUGGUGUUCGACUCUGACGGAAAUACCGUUGUUUUCAUGUCGAACAGCACUUCCUUCGACCAGACUAUCAGCCCUGACACUUUGAACGGAAUUCUUGCUGCCUACGCGCAGGACGAGACCGUGAGCACCAAGCUUGCCACCAUUUCGGCCACUGCUCCUUCUACCACUUCCAAGUCGAACGCCCAUGCCUUAUUCGAAAUGGGCCCAGGAAAGCUGUGGUUCUACGCAUUCACUUUUUUGACCAGUGUUGCUCACACCGUAUUGUUUUGA